AUGGCUAAACAACCGGACAUAGUAGUGGUGGACAAGCAGGAGAAGAAAGCCGUGCCGAUAGAUAUAGCAGUCCCAAGCAACAGCAACAUCAGGAAGAAGGAACUUGAGAAGCUUGGGAAAUACCAAGGGCUGAAGAAGAAUGAACUGGAGACACUGGUACCGCCCUACCCUGUCCUCAUCGUCGCCAUGAAUGAUUUAAUUCGUGGGGACGUAACAAUCAUCAUCAUCAUCAUCAUCAUCAUCAUCAUUAUCAUCUGUGACGGAGCCGUUUUAGGCAAGGAGGCAGCAGGAGUCAAGAUUGUGAUUUGUGACGAACACCCGGUUGGGUGUCAAAGUGGGAGGGCCAUCCUGGUUGAUGUUGGGCACCUGGAAAUGAGUGAUGAGAAGUCAACACAGCCAGCAGGGAGAUCUAGUCCUCUAAUGGAACGCCCAGACAUGUCUGACAAACUGAACCUGGUGUUGUGUGGGUGUGUUGGGUCAGUGAAGAUCUCCAUAUCAGAGUUCAUACUGGGCCAGAGAGAGUCCAGUCCAGAGUCCAGCUCAGUGUGUGUGAGGAGGGAGGGAGAAGUGUGUGGACGCCUGCUCACCCUGGUGGAAAUGCCAGCUCUGUACAACACUCAGCUCUCAGAGGAGGAAGUGAUGCGUGAGACUCUCCGCUGUGUCUCUCUCUGUGAUCCUGGAGUCCAUGCUUUCCUCCUGGUCAUUCCUGAGGGCUUCCUCACUGAUGAAGACAAAGGAGAAAUGGAGAAAAUUCAGACAGUAUUCAGCUCAAGAGUCAAUGAUUACACCAUGGUCCUGAUAAAUCAGAAACCUGGACAGGAAGUGACAGAGUUAGAUGAAAACUCAGACAAUCAUCAGAUCCUGCAGAGGAGGACAUCAGUUCUUAGGUUCCAGUUCACAGCUGUCAGAGUUACUGAAGAGUGUUUAAGAGAGAGAUCAGACACUUUGAGAAUAGUGCUGUUGGGGAAGACUGGUGUUGGGAAGAGUGCCACAGGAAACACCAUCCUGGGGAAAAAAUGUGUUUUUAAAGAAGAUGAUUGUUAUGGAUCAGUUACUAAAACAUGUCAGAGAGAGACAGCUGAAGUCAGUGGAAGACAGAUAACAGUGACUGACACACCAGGACUGUUUGAUACAGAGAUUGAUAAUGAGGAGAUGAAAAAAGAGGUCAGUAAAUGCAUCUCCAUGGCAACACCAGGACCACACGUGUUUCUACUGGUGAUAGAAGUGAGACGACUCACACCUGAGGAGAAAGAAGCCGUGAAAAUUAUUCAAAAGAUCUUUGGAGAUAAAUCACAAAUGUACACCAUGGUCCUGUUCACUAAAGGAGAUCAGCUAAGGAAGAAAACCAUAGAACAGUAUAUAGGAGACCCUGGAGGUGACUUAAUGAAUCUCAUAGGCCAGUUUGGUAACAGAUACUAUGUGUUUAACAACACACACCCUGGUAACCGAACUCAGGUUGUGGAACUCCUGGAAAAGAUAGACACCAUGGUGUCAGAGAAUGGAGGGACCUUCUACACUAAUGAGAUGUUCAGACAGGUAGAGGAAGCUCUCCAAGAGGAAAAGGAGAGAAUACUGAGAGAGAGAGUGGAGGAGAUAGAGAGAGAGAAAGAAGAACUGAAGAUCAAAUACGAGGCAGAGAUGGGGAGAAUGAGGAAGACUAUUGAGGAGGAAAUGAAGAAACAGGAUGAAGAGAGAAGAAGGAGGGAAAUGGAGUUUAACAAAAAGGAAGAGCAGAUAAGAACAGAGAUGCGUGAAAGAGAAAUAAGAGAGAGAGAAGAUUAUGAAAAGAGAAGAGAGGAGGAUGAAAAUAAAAUGAAAGAAUGGAUAAGUGAAAUAAACAGAGAAAGAGAGAGACGGCAGAAGGAAUUGGAGGAACAACAAGAAAAGAGAAAACAGGAGAAAGAAGAGAGGAGAAGAAGAGAUGAACAAGAAAAGAGAAAAUGGGAACUAAGACAGAAAGAGGAAAAAGAAAGAUUUGAAAAUGAAGAGAGAGAAAGACGGAUGAAGGAGGAGGAAGAGAGGAGAGAAAAAGAGAAGGAGAUCUGGGAAUUAAAAAUGCAGUCUAUGGAGGAAAAAUGGCAUUUUGUGUGA